UAGACGCCCGUCCAAAAAGGUGCGAGCGAGCGCUGGGCAAGCGCAGUGCGCUCGCCGGGGAGGCAGUUCCUUCCUUAGUCGGUAUGAGUGGCGGAGGGACCGAGACCCCUUCGGGAGGCGAGGCCUCCCCGGCUCCCGCAGCCGUCCAGGUGGGAGGCAAGAAGCGGGACUCGCAGGCGCCGGCGAGCUCGCCAGUCCACCUCAUUAUCAAGGAUCUGGGAGAGAUUCAUUCUAGACUGUUAGAUCAUCGACCAAUUAUUCAAGGAGAAACACGUUACUUUGUGAAAGAAUUUGAAGAAAAACGGGGCCUCCGAGAAGUGAGAGUUCUUGAGAAUUUGAAGAAUGUAAUCCAGGAGACAAAUGAACAGAUUCUUCCUAAAUGUAAAGAAACAAUGCAGGACCACCUGAGCCAGGCUCUCCAGAGAUUGCAAGCAGCCAGCCAUUUAGUCCAUAAACUUCAGCAGAAGGAGCAGGAACAAAGAAAGCUUCAUAAUCAGCACUUAUUGAUUAGUGAAAAACAGCGCAUAACCCAAUGGGAAGAUUUCAUGAAAGAGCAAAGCAACAAACAAGCUGCAGUGGAUGAAGAGCACAAAAAGGCCACAGAACGCCUUAAAGAACAAUAUGCUGAGAUGGAGAAAGAUCUAGCUAAAUAUUCAUCUUUUUAAGAACUUUAUAGCAACAAUACAAAAACUCUUCUUUCCACUGUGCCAAGAAAAAGAAAAAUCACCAGACUGACUUGUCCUCUGUUAUAAACUUAGCAAUAUGUUUUGGUGGUAAUGUUAUAUCAAUGAGCUGAUAAAUAAAGAUAAAAAUUUUUGGUAGAGUUCAUUAUAAAAAGAAAAGAGUCCUAUUAUAUGCCUCUAAGUUUAAGUGCCUCUGUAUAAUUAUUUAGGUGGGGGAAUAGGAGGAGGAAUGAAAUGAAUUGAUUCUUAGGCCAUCAGAAUUUGCAUUCUCUCCAUGCUCAGUGAUAGAUAAGAAAAUGGGAAAUAUAGAAGAAUUCUGAGCCUAUGAAAGAUAAUCUAAUCCAUUCUCAUACAUGAGAGUUAGUUCUGGAUUAUUAUACUCUUUUAGACAAUGUAUACAACUAAUUACCAGUUAUCCCCAAACUUUCAGAAGGGGAGUGCAUAUUAUUCUUAAGUGAGUAAUGUUCACCAACUACUAGCCUUGAAGCAGAGCUUGGAGUAAAGGAAAAUCAAAGCAGUUUGUUAACUGCUUACUUUAGGUUAUUGGUGUGAACUGUGCGUUCACAUCAUGGCCACAUAGUCCAGGGGACUAAGACAUCAAGAUUCUCUCUUAGAAAAACUAGUGGCCUUUUACUAUGUAAGAUUUUGAACUUUUGGGGGCAGCUAGGUGGCGCAGUGGAUAGAGCACUGGCCCUGGAUUCAGGAGGACUUGAGUUCAAAUCCCGUCUCAGACACUUGACACUUACUAGCUGUGUGAUCCUGGGCAAGUCACUUAACCCUCAUUGCCCUGCCAAAAAAAAAAAAAUUGAACUUUCAAAAUUUGUUUAAAAAGUAAACCAAAAAUCUGGGUUAUGGAUUUUACCCUGUUCAAAAAUCAUGAUCUUACUCAUAGUAUUUUACCUCAUUAUAUGCCUGUUUUGCAGGGGAUUAAGCUUUUUACGUUAAAUAGUAUCCACACAUUUUAUAGCCAUUUGAGUAAUCAGUCCCUCUGGGACUGUAUACGUAUUCUGGCUCUGGAAGAACCAAAAGUGUUGGCUCACAUGACAAAAAGGCCAUGUUAGAUAUCAAGAUGUUUUUAGUGAUAAUGUGUAUUCUCAUAAGCAAAUGUAUUAUGGUAUAAAAUGUACCUAUCAUCACUGUGAUUUUUAAAAAUAUGCAUUUAACAAUCUUACCUGGAAAAUGUCAGUUUUAUUUAUUUAGUCUUUGGAAAUCAAGAAGAAAUAAAAUGCAGUAAUGACUGGAGGAUAUAUAUGGCAAGUGAAUCCUACAGCAUGGAUAAAUAUUUAAAAUUAUAUUAUAACUGCUAUGCAGUGGAAAAGGGAACAAGAAAAAAAUAUCCAACUCUUUGUUAUCUCAGUGUUAUGACUACAUAAAAUCGACAAUGGUUGCCUGUGUAAAUUUAUGGCUUAGUGUCAAAGCUCCAUUCUUGGCAGCAUGUUGAAAAUGUGAUUAAAGUUAGUAGAGGAGACAGAAUAAGUAUUUGAGAUUUCUUUCAAUAACACUGAACUUCAGCCAACUUUCUGUGUCCGCUACCGUAAGCCUGACAGGUUCAUCAAUCAUCCUGUGGUACAUGGAGUAAAAAGAGUCCUUGCCGACAGUAAGGCAUGUUGGAAUUUUGUUAAUUCUCUUUAGUGGAUGGAAAAAAAAAAAAAAACCCAUAGCUCUAAAAUAUCCCACACAUGAGAAGUAAGGAAAGCUUUAAAUAAAAAUCCCUUUUUGAAUGGAAAGAGAUUUCUGGAAUGUCUUUAAAUGCAACUACACCCAGCAAUGAAUGGAUGUUGUAACUAAAAAAUUAGGUCUAUGUGCUUUAUCAAGAAUAGACUUUAAAACAUCAUUGCCUGACUGGAGUCCAAUUUUUCUUUUCGCUUAUGUUCAAGCUCAGUUGAAAUAAGCUUACUCUACCUUAUACAAGCUCCAGGAAAAACUUCUAAUCUAAAAUCAUUUGACAAGAAUUAUUAACAUUCAGGAUUAAAAUGCAAAACUUUUUUUUUUUUGGUAACAACUCCUAAUUGUAUCUCUUUUUCAUUAGAAUUCAAUGCUGGAUGAUGAUUUCUGGUAGUGAACACCAUCCCUUCUAUUGCCCAGAAUAACCAAAUCACUUUUGGUCUAUACUAUAGACAAGUAACAGGAUAACAACAAUAAAAAGUUCCAAUAAUUUGUCUCAGAUUUGUUAAAAAAAAAAAAAGACAUGAGUUACUAUACAAAAACAUAACUUCUGAUGUCUUUUGUUGUAGUAAAUAAAAUGAAGGUUUAAUAAAAACUACUGAAGAAUUACCUUCUGUCUUAAAACACAUCACUGUGCUAUACUACUAACUAUAUACAUGUUUAUAUAUUUAAAAGGCUAAUGCUUUAUGUAUUAUAUCAAACAGUUUCUAGUUUUAUUACCAUUGGUACGUAGGUGAAGAAGAAGUGGAACAGGGCAGCGCUGUAUUCUUCCCACCCAUGUGCUUUACAAUUUUGGAUGCUUUCCAGGUUCUUUAGGUUAUCAUUGUGGUUUGUGGAAAUGUGACUUCCAAAUAAUAUGGAUAAAGAUCAUAGAUUUAGAACUAGAAGAGACUUCAGAGGCAAUCUAGUAUAACAGCCUCAUUUGCAAAUGAGGAAACUGAGUCCAGAAAGAGUGUUUUACAUACAACCAAUAAAUGACAGAGGCAGGGUUUGAUAUGAAUAUAUAGUUUCUAUAUCAGUAAACUAAAGUGCUAUAAAUACUUGGGUAUCAUAAGUACCAAAAGGAAUUCUCUGCUUCUAGAAGGACACUAAUUUUGCAUAUAAGAAGGUCUCCCUCUACCCUCUGAAGCAUUUUAGAAGAGUUUGAGCUUGUACCAGGAACCCUAGACAACUUGGGGUCAGGGUUGUUUAUUUUUGUCUCAGGAGGAAAGGUGCAAGUAAAAUAUUUCAAAACAAAUUUAAAAGUUCAGUCAAAUAUCUGGGGACAUUAUAAUGGAUAUUUAUCUGAUGCUUUGCUGAGUUCUUCAGAAGACAUGCAAGCAUGUCACAGUUUUGCAACAGCAUUGUUAUGAAUCAAAGCAUGUAUCAAUUAUUAUUCCCAUUGUAAAAUUGUAGUCAUUGAAAUAUUAAAAAUUUGUGACCCAGGGCUAUGAAUGUGCCAUUGCUAAAUUGGGAAAUAGAAGCUAGAUUCAUUAAUAUAAUUCUUUUUUUAAAUCAUAAAAGUAUUUUAUUAUUUUCCAGUUACAUGUAAAGAUAGUUUUUGACAUUUAUUUUUAUAAGAUUUCUAGUUCCAAAUUUUUCUCCCCCCUCCUUUCCUUCCAGAAAGCAAUCUGACAAAUGUUAUAUAUGUACAAUCACAUUAAACAUAUUUCUGCAUUAGUCUCAAUAUCUUUAGAAUCCACCUUCACUAGAAACCUGAGGGCACCAUUAGACUGGGCCUUGCUACCAUGAUAUAUAUU